GAGGACUAUGUAUAAGAAACAACUUUUUACAAAAACUAUGGCUUUAAACCGCAAACCAAAAUCGCAACGAAAAGCUCAUGUCCGCCUAAAUUGCCUUACUGUACCACUGUGCAAUGAGUUUAGUUACCUUUUUCACCACAAGAGGGGGUGUUCCCUGUCUGUCUUCACGGAAAUAUAUGGGAAAUUCGAGAGUGAACUAUAUUGUUAUGUUAAGAUAUUUGAUAUAACGCAUUUCGCAUCUAAAUGUUGCGAAAAUUUGUGUACAGCUGUAGUUUAUGAAUAAAAUCUUUUGUCAGCCUUUUUAUGAUGGUUGGUUCUGCAUUUUGGCAUACCGGUACACCAUGUCUACAUCAUAAUUUAACCUAUCACCAGUCCCAUCAUGUGUUUGGGCUCAAGUAAACAUAAGUUGUCUUCUUCUAAUAUAAAGUUUGUAUCAAUGAUACCGGGAGACCUCAUGAUUAUUUGUAACUCAUGGAUACGAUAUAGGUUGCCAUGCAGGCCGGCCUUUUGUUUAUAUUAAUGUAAAAUACUCUCCAUUUCACCAAUUGAACAUAUAUUUAUCAAGUAGUGAAUUCCUGUAACAAAUUUGAAUGAGAGCAAAUGGAUAGCGAAAGUAAAAAAAACACCAAUCAUGAUAUAAGCACAGUUAGCAUGAAUAACGAUUUAAGAAUUUCCACUAGAUUCGAAACUCCAUAUCUCUUCCAAGGUUACGGAAACCAGAGAGAAAAUCAAAACCCGAUUUACAGAACAUCGAAUUCCGAUUAUGGAUAUUUUACUCCAUGCCCACACACAGUUCCACAUAAAUAUUUUCCAAAAUCUAACAAAUUCACAAGUCAUCUUCGUCAAUGCGGAAUGUUCCGGAAUUUCUCAUUAAAUAAAACCGUGGAUCGUAGUUAUUGUGAUUUACAAUAA